AUGGAUGGUUGGUGGGGACAGAACAAAAAAGACCAACCUAGCUGUACACAUGAAACUGGGACGGGCAUAGUGGUGAGGAAAGCCAUACUCCCACCCUCGAAACGAUUCGGUCAAAUGCACUUAAUCAAUCUGUGUGCUCAAAAUAAAAAAACGGCUAUUCAACGAAAAAAGGCCCAUCAGGAGGACAUAACUCCGGAGCUGGUAAGGAACUACCAAGAAACUAUGGCAGUCACAUUGAGAGGGCGGUUGGUGCAGAUGAACCUUCCACAAAGAUCAAAGAUGGAGAAGAACGAAAUCAUACCGAGUGCGGAAAUAUGGUCGGAUGAGGCAGGACUAAAAAUGAUGCCUUUAAAAGGCUGUUGCAAUGUUCUGAAACCUAUGAGCGACAGCCCAUCUGGUCAUACACACGCACACACACAACUAUACGUGUACGGGAAGCCUGAUCAUUGGUAUGAAAGACGAGCAAUGUGA